UGUCGGUUAGCUAGUAACUAACAUUUAAGUUGGUUAAAACUUUCUCUUAUAAAUACAGAGUACUCCGUAACACAAAUUAUAUGAUCAUAAACUUCGAUAGAGUACAAGCUCUUACAAUCAAUUUAAGUGAGAACUGCACAAGAGCUUAAUGGCUUCCUCGUCGUGGUUUCAAUCGUUUGUGCUUAUGCUCCUCCUUUCCUCCUUAUUAAUCCAAAUUGAAGUUUCAUUUGCCGGCGGAGAAGGUUCAGUGAAACCAAAAGAUUGUCCAUGGGCGUGUAACAAUAGGUGCUCGAAAACGCACUAUCGAAAGGCAUGCUUGAUGAUUUGCAACAAGUGUUGCCUGAAAUGUCAUUGUGUACCCUCGGGAACAUAUGGGCACAAAGAGGAAUGUCCGUGCUACGAUCAUAUGAAAACUAAGAGAGGAUCUCCUAAGUGUCCUUAAAUACAGCUUGAUACGUUGGUGUAUCCAUUGCAUUCCGUUUUUUUAUUGUAUCCUAAACGUUCUUAAAUAAAUAUGAGCAACAUUUC